AUGCCCAGGAUACCGAGACUGACCCGUUCGAGGGAGACUAAAUCUACCCAUAAGCAAGACGUUGCUGCCACAAUUCCUCGAGAUAAGGAAGUGUCGGCUAGCAACGUAAAGGAAGAUGACGUGCAAGCAGCGCCGUGGAGAGCUCUGUUCUUCUUCACAACAAAAUCACACCUGACAUGCAUGUUUGUCGGUCUCGCAGCGGCUCUCGCAGCCGGCGGUAUCGCGCCAGCGCAGUCCUAUCUCCUCGGUAAAGCUUUUGACGCUUUCACAAGUUCCAGCAGUCCCAGCGCUGUCCUUAAAAGUGUCACCAACUAUACCGUUUACCUUGCUGCUCUCGGAAUUGGUAGUUGGCUAGUGCAUUUUGUGUUCUUCUCAGCCUGGCUUGCAUUCGGAGAACUACAAGCCAACAGCGCCAGAGAACGGCUAUUCUUGGGUAUGUUGGGCAAAGAGAUCGAAUGGUACGAUAUGCGCAAGAAUGGAGUUGGCGCAAUGAUCCCCCGGCUACAGGCACAGAUAAGAGACCUCCAACUCGCUACCGCACAGCCCUUCGGUGGCUUGAUAACGUCUACCGCAGAUGCCAUGGCAUCUCUAGGACUUGCUCUGUACACUUCUUGGAAGCUUACCCUUGUCAUCGUUUCGACUGCUCCCGUCAUCGUUAUCAUUAUCGGUUACCUAGGGGCAUCUAUGCAACAAUCAGUCAGGAAGCAGCAAGAGAAACUCACCGAAGCUCUCAAAUAUGUCAGUAACGCCAUCAAUGCCAUCGAAACGGUCAAGUGCUUCAACGGUCAAGAGCAUGAACUAGGUCAAUAUUCGUCCCGCCUCAAGGAAGCCGCAGGCUGGUACUAUCGCGUUGUCAACGUCAACUCCCAGCAGUUCGGUUUCAUGAGCUUCUUCACUUUGGCAAUGUUCGUUCAAGGUUUCUAUUACGGUGGUGUCCAAGUCGAUCAUCACGAGAAAAACACCGGAGAUGUCAUCACAACUUUCUUCUCGGCGAUCAGCGCCUUCCAAGCCAUCUCUAGCAUCCUGCCACAGAUGAUAGUACUACAGAAAGGAAGGACAGCGGGAUCGACUCUCAGAGCUGUUAUGGCGCAGAUUGCGAGAGGGUCAAACGCUUCGCCGUUGCCCGAACUUGUGAAACCAAGCAGAUGCGAAGGCAAUAUCGAGUUUCGAAAUGCAAGUCGAUUUGUGUCGUUUGCGUAUCCGGCCCGUCCUGAUCGGACCGCUCUGAAGAAUGUCACUUUCUCUAUUCCGGCACAUGACACUACAUUCAUUAUCGGAAAGAGUGGGUCCGGAAAGAGCACGUUCGGCCAGUUGCUUCUGAAAUUCUACCCAGCAGCUUCGGGACAGAUACUCCUCGAUGGGCUGCCCAUAGAUUCCUUGGAUCCCCUAUGGCUCCGGAACCACAUCACACUUGUUGAGCAGCACAGUAUGCUGUUCGAGGAUACUGUUUUCGAGAAUAUUGCCAUUGGAACCGAGCGUCCCCAUAGUGUCACAAAAGAGGCAGUAAUCAGCGCUGCCGAAUUUGCUCUCUUGUUGGCAAUGAUCAAUGACAUGCCUCAGAGGUUUCAAUCCAUGGUUGGAGCGAAAGGCGGCACCAUGAGCGGUGGACAAAGGCAGCGAAUGGCUCUCGCCCGAGCAUAUCUGCGAGAUACGCCUGUACUCCUUCUGGAUGAGUCCACAAGUGCAUUAGAUCAAGUCAGUCGUUCACUGAUGAUGGAAGCGAUUCGACGAUGGCGCCGCGGCAAGACGACUCUGAUUAUCACCCAUGAUAUCACACAAAUUCUCCCCGAUGAUUACGCGAUGAUCCUUGAAGAUGGUGGACUUGCACAGGAAGGCUACCGUAAACACAUGGAACAAAUACACGACUCGCCCUUCCAAAGAUUUUUGUCCACUGUUACGGUUCCUCCGCCAGAUUCUCUGGAAGUAUCAGAGGAUAUGGGGAAAGAGCCAGAUACAGAUACAACGUAUCAGAAAACUACAGAUGACUCAUUGGAGGCUCACUUGGACGCUGGUGAGAACCCGCGGUAUUCUUACCUGCCGGCACUCUUCGCGACUAGUCAUACGAAAGCAGCGUUCAGAGGAGCAUAUGGCUUUGCGACACCUUUAGGCGAAUUUGGCGCACCAAUCUCUCAAGUCACCUCUGGACCGUCCUCACCCAUGUCCAGCGGUAAAGAAUCUACUACCUCACACAAACCACAGACUGGUGAGCCGACAAAUCCAAGCAACAAGGAAUUUACCGGGGGCCAGAAAACAAACAACAGGAGGUCUGUAGCGCCUGAGCUUCUGGACAAAUUUAUUGAGUCGACCGGAAAUCUGGCUGCCCGCGCUCGUCUCACAUUGGGAAACUCGAGGCGAAGACGUCUUCCAUCCGAUGGGUCUAUACCUGCUGUCACUGGUAGUAUUGAGAUGCAACCUAUAUCAAAGCACAAGAAGAAUGAAUCACUCGAGGACGGUCGGCAGGUAUUCUCCCUGCGGGCUAUCCUAGGCACUGUCUGGCCUAGCCUCGACUGGUACAUGAGAGUCGUUCUCGUCAUUGCUCUGAUUGCGGCCUCCAUCAACGGCGCAUGUACCCCAGUGUUUUCCAGCAUCUUGUCGAAGCUGAUAGGAACUUAUGGAAAAGGCGACGACCAAAAACAUAUUGCUGUGAUCUACACUGUCUCGAUUCUUGGCAUCGCGGUUUUGAGCGGCAUAAGCAGCUAUGUCAUGCACGUGCUCUUAGAAUACGCUGGACAGGUAUGGGUCAAUACUAUGCGCGAAAGGUCCCUGGAACGCAUCCUCGACCAGCCUCGCGAUUGGUUCACACACGAAGAGAACUCGGUUUCGCACGUGAUGGAGGGACUAGAUCGGCAUGCCGAAGAGAUGCGAAAUCUCCUUGGCCGAUUCGCAUCAUCUCUCUAUAUAGCUCUUGUUCUGAGCGUCGUCGCCUUCGUCUGGGCUUUGACCUCACAGUGGAAGCUCACUCUUAUCGCGGUCGCUUUGGGCCCUUACGUGUAUUUUGUCACCAAAUCCUUCAGCACUAUCAGUGGCAAUUGGGAAAGAAGAAGCAACGACGCUGCUGAAGCUGCAGGAUCGAUCUUCACUGAGACAUUCACCAACAUCAAGACCGUACGGGCCUUGACUCUUGAAUCUCAUUUCCGGGAGAAGUACUUCCGCGCAACUAGGAGCACCCUUCAGGUUGGCUUGCGUCGUUCUGUCUACAUAGGCUUUUUCUUCGGACUUUCUGAUUCUUCUGGGAUCUUUGUCAUGGCACUCAUGUUUUAUGCUGGUGCGAGAUUGAUACGAGAUGGUGCGAGCUCGACGAAAAUCGUGGAAGUCUUCAUACAACUCAUCUUGGCAAUCACGAACGUGAGCCUCUAUCUGGGUCUUGUACCACAGAUAGGAUUGGCAAAGGACUGUGCGUCUCGCCUGCUGCGACUUUCAACACUGCCAAAAGAUUCACACGAGCAUUUUGGUAAUACACAGAUCACAUCGAUCGGUGAUAUUGAGCUGCAUAACCUCACUUUCUCUUAUCCUUCCCGUCCAGAUCACACAGUACUCAAGAAUAUCAAUCUGCUUAUACCGGCGGGAGAAACCACUGCACUGGUCGGAUCAUCGGGGUCUGGGAAAUCCACUAUUGCAGCAUUGCUUCUGAGCCUUUACACAACUGCAAGCGAGGUGUCCGAAGGCAGCGGAAAGACACCGGACAUUAUGCUUUCUGGUCGUGACCUGAAGCACAUCCACACUCCAACAUUGCGUUCGUUGAUUUCAGUCGUGUCACAAACACCAGUCUUGUUCUCUGCGACGGUUGCGGACAAUAUCACAUAUGGGCUACCACAGUCAUCGCCUUACAGGAACAAAGCAUCCGUUCGUCGAGCUGCAGCCGCAGCUGGUAUUGAUGAAUUUAUCAUGAGUCUCUCACAAGGCUACGAGACACUGAUAGGUGAAGGCGGUACCGGACUUUCUGGUGGACAGGCACAGCGAGUAGCGAUUGCUAGAGCUUUAAUCAGUAGACCAGCGGUGAUGAUCCUAGAUGAAGCAACAUCUGCUCUCGACGUCGAAAGCGCAAACCUAGUCCGAGAUACGAUACAAGGCUUGGUUGAGCGCGACGGAUCUGGCAUGACUGUGCUCAUCAUCACACAUAGCAAAGACAUGAUGAGAAUCGCGAAGAACAUCGUAGUACUUUCUCAGGGACAAGUCGUUGAGCAAGGAAGCUACGAGGGAUUGUUGCGCAGGAGAGGCGAUUUCUUCCACCUUCUGAAUGGAGGAGAGUGGGCGGAUGAGCAGCCGGAGAAGAAGGAUGACGCUGCUGUCCGCGGUUUGUCGGGUGUCAUAGGCUGGUGA